AUGAAAGAAAACGAAAUUGAAUUGACAGAAGAACAAAAAAAAUGUGUUGAAUAUGACUUGGAGAAAAAAUUACUAGUUAUUGAAGCCAAUCCCGGCACCGGGAAAACCGAAGUUCUAAAAGGUCGAGUGCUUUUUAUUCACCAAAAAAACGAGCAACAAAGAAAAUUAAUUUUAGUCUUGUCUUAUAACACUAACAUUGUUGGAGAAGUGAGAAAUAAGUUAAAAACAGAAGGAUUAAAUGUGCGAAAAAGCUUUAAAGAUUUCUUUUCAGAUGUUAAUCAUCGCCACGUUUGUUCCUUAAACAAGUGUCCUACCUACUCGAAAAACACAAAACCUUUGGUUUUAGUUUGCACCAUUCAUUCUCUAGCUAAUGGUCCAAUAUUCUCACGCCAAACCAAACUCCUUAAAUACCUUUUACGACAAGGAGCCGAAAAUUAUCUUGAUAAAGCCAAACAUAAAAAGUUGUGGGAAAUUUUCCAAAACAAUGUUGAGUUGACUAAAGUGGAUAAUCCUUUCUAUCAUUAUGACAUAAAUUAUUCUCGUUUUUUAACUCAAAUUCCCGCGUUAUUGCCAGAAGAAAAAGAAUUAUUAGCAAUGAUGAAAAAAAACUUAAAAAAAGGAACUUUAAAUUUAAUUACCGAAAUUUUUGGCAACGAGCAAACCAAAUUCAUUUUUGUGGGUGACCCCAAACAAAAUAUCAUGGGUUUUGCUGGUGCUCGAGAGGACAUUUUUCAGUUGUUAAAACAAAAAUUUUCUCCGGAAGUUUAUAAUAAAAGUGUUAUUACACUCAGUUUUCCCAAAAAACCUCCUAGUGGUCACAAACCACAAAUAAUUAUUGUCGGCCACGAAGCCGAUUAUCAGUUAAGUUCUGACGAAGAGCGAGAAAUUACGGAGGAAUUAGCCCAAAAUCCGGAGUUAAAAAACCAGAGAGCUAUCACUACUAAUAUAAGCGGAAAAAUAAUUAAUGAUAUCCUUAUUAAAGUUCGUCGGCAAAUAAAGAAAAAAAUUCCCUUAACCGAAUUUUCCUCCUUAAAAAGUUUGCUGGCUAGUUUAAAAAUUCCGGAAGACAGUAUUUUUCAACUGUCCGUGAUAGUUAAGCAAAUAGACGAGAACAAAGAAAAAAAUUCUAGUUUAACCCUCAGCCAAGUCAAUGAUUUUAUUAGCCAAUUAACAGCCAUAAAAAAUCAUUACGGCAUCAAACUUUCCACCAUUCAUGGGAUGAAAGAAUUUAAAAAUACUGAACUUUACAAGUCGGGACUUUUGUUUCUUAAUCGGCUGGAAAAAUCUUCAAGAAAUGAUGUCCGGGAAUUGCCAUCCUCAAUCCAGAAUUAUCCUUAUGAAGCAUCUCUCCGAACAAAUAUUAGUCUCUCCCGAGACCUUUUUGAAAGUCAAAUUAAAGAAAAUAUUGAAACCAAGGAAAAAGAUUUUUGGAUAGGGAAUUUAAGGCUGCAAACC